AGGACUCUAUCGCAGUCACCUAGCAAUAGACUUGUUGAAUGCCAAGAAUGUCAUUCUCUGUAUCACCAGGAAUGUCACAAGCCAGCUAUAACUGAAGAUGUGAACGAUCCGAGAUUCGUCUGGUACUGUUUCAAAUGCUCGAAAAACCUCAAAAAAAUUGUUAGCUACUGA